AUGAGUUCCACAGGUGAAUCUCAGAAGGGUUACCAGCCAAGAGGCCCUGACAAGUGCUGCACUCUAGCGGCCAAGAGGUGGCUCCACACUCCUCAGGAUCAGAACCUACCGGAUGCAGUUGAUACUCAUGCCCAGAAGCUACAUAUGUCGAGAGGAACUUUGGCUGAUCUUGGUACAGAGGGAAUAGGUGAAGCGGCGCCCGGGGCAACGCAGGUCCGCCUUCGGGAGCUCCGAGGGCGCCCCCGGGUCCUGCAAUCUGAGGCGACCCUUGACCACUGGAACGCAGACACACGAAACUCUACAUCUCGACGGCCAGAAUUCCGGACACCAGAGCAGCGCCGCGGUCACCUUGACGGAGACGACGGUGGGAUUGAUGGUAGCGGUAGCGGCGACGGCGGUGGUGGUGGAGGAGGCACUGGUAGCGGCGGUGGAGGAGGUAAUGGUAGCGGUGACGGCGGCGGCGACGGUCUGACCCCCGAGCGGACGAUGAGGAGACGACCUUUGGGGUCACGUGCCCUCGGGGGUGGAGCGCGUAAAGAGCAGGUGGCCAGCAUCCUCGCCCUUAUGGUAAUGAGGUACACGAAUCUCCUUGGGUUUAGCACUAUGAAGGCCCUUGUGUACACGCUGAGACACAACCGGGGCAGGAGUGGAGAUCUGGAGAGAUAG